AUGCGAUUUUUCAGACCAUGUUGUUGUUCAAGCUUCGAAGCUUUCCGAUCCUCAUGUCUCCGGAUCGUCAAUGCGUCUCCUGUAAUAUUACUAUCGCUUAUCUUGGGCUGGGCUUAUUGGGCCUACAAUUUUCGUUUGUGCUGGAGUCUGCUGAGUGAUGGUUGUAUAUAUAUCGUACUCUUUCAACCUAUAUUUUCCAUCUGCAUAUGGUGUUAUUGGAAAGUCACCAAUACAUCACCGGGAUAUACAAAAGAUAUUAGUAAGGAGGAUUGGGAUCGGGAUGAAGAAGCCCAGUUGUUGGACGAUAGCGAAAAUGUGCUACGAUCCAUUACUGUCAAACGGUGCGGUGCACAGCGAUUUUGCCAGAAAUGCCGCUUGGAGAAGUAUGAUCGCACACAUCACUGUAGGACCUGCAAACGCCGACAGCUGCUCAUUAAUCGGACAACCAUCGAGUUUUACGAAAAAUCCAACUAUCGACUCGGUCAAAAUGAACGUGGUCGCGUAGAUGUUAUGCGCACCAAAUACUUUAAUCCGUGGGAUGUCGGAUACAAGAGUAAUUUUACCCAAGUCAUGGGAAGCAAUUCUACUACAUGGUUUUUGCCGGUUGGAAGGCCGUAA